UCUAGGGUCUGGGUGUUGAAUUAUCUUCGUUAUUUCAGAUUGCCAUACUUAAUUUGGGAUAUGAGUAAUGUAUGUGAUGUUAUCUAAUAUUUAUUUAUUACGAAAGAGUCAAAAGCUACACUUUAUUUUGACAAGCAGCAGUAAAUCAGCUGUUUGUCAAAAUAUGACGAUAAUCAUCAAAUAAAUCAUAAUAAACUAUGGUAAUCAAAUAAUGACGUUCUAAGUGUACCUAAAUAGUAAUAUACGAUGUUUUCAGGGCAUGUACAUAUUGAAGCACAUCACGACUUGUCCAAACCACGAAAACUAUCCUAUAAAACUGGAGGUCAACAAGGCAAAGGUAAACCGCACAAACGACGGAUUCACGGGCGUCAUGGAACUUGACAGGCCAUUAACUGAGAAUAUGCCCUUAAAAGUAGUCAUUUAUAAACAAACCGACGGUGGAAGCAAACAAUUCUACGUGCUAAAUGAGGCUAGUGCGUGCCAUUUCAUAGAGGAGUACGGCGGCAAGAAAAAUAUGGAGGGGUUACUCGAAAAUUGUGGCCACACCGGUGCCAGUUCCAUAUGUCCCAUUUCCCAAGGCAGACACGAGAUGACAAAUAAAUUUGUUUUCGACUUCAGUCAGUUGCCAGAAGAUGGUAUGUAUGGAUUAUAUGACGCAUAUGCAUAUAUCAUAGAUGGUGGCGUCGAAAUUGGGUGCAUUUUGUGCACAGUGGAAUUUAAAGAAAUUGUAAAAGCAGACAAGUGA